GGCCCGGCCGGGCGGGGCGGCGGCGCUGAUGCACGAGCUCUGCCGCGGGGCUGAGAGGCGGUCAGUCGGCCGGUGGGUCCGUAAGUCUUUCGCGGAGCCCGGCGCGCGUGGCCGCGAUGAGCUGGGAGUUGCUGCUAUGGCUGCUGGCGCUGGGCACGCUGCUCGCGCUCGUGGUGCAGCUGCUGCGCUUCCUGCGGGCCGACGGCGACCUCACCCUGCUGUGGGCCGAGUGGCAGGGGCGACGCCCAGAAUGGGAGCUGACUGAUGUGGUGGUAUGGGUGACUGGCGCAUCAAGUGGCAUUGGUGAGGAGCUGGCUUACCAGCUGUCUAAACUAGGAGUUUCUCUUGUGCUCUCAGCCAGAAGAGCACACGAGCUGGAAAGGGUGAAAAGAAGAUGCCUUGAGAAUGGCAAUUUGAAAGGAAAAGAUAUACUUGUUUUGCCCCUUGACCUGGCUGACAGAAGUUCCCAUGAAGAGGCUACCAAAACGGUUCUCCAGGAGUUUGGGAAAAUCGACAUUCUGGUCAACAAUGGUGGAGUAUCCCAGCGUUCUUUGUUUAUGGACACCAACGUGGAUGUCUACAAGGAGCUAAUAGAGAUUAACUACUUAGGGACCGUGUCCUUGACAAAGUGUGUUCUGCCUCACAUGAUUGAGAGGAAGCAAGGAAAGAUUGUUAUUGUCAGUAGCCUCCUGGGUAUUAUAUCUGUGCCCCUUUCUGGUGGAUAUUGUGCCAGCAAACAUGCUCUUCGGGGUUUUUUUAGUACCCUCCAAAUGGAGCUUGACGCCUACCCAGGUGUAACAGUUUCUAACAUUUGCCCAGGACCUGUGAUAUCAAAUAUUGUGAAGAAUUCUCUAACUGGAGAAGUCACAAAGACUCUGGGCAGUGAGGCAGACCAGUCCCACAAGAUGGCAACCAGUCGCUGUGUACGGCUCAUGUUAAUAUGCAUGGCCAAUGACUUGAAAGAAGUUUGGAUUGCAGAGCAGCCUUUUCUGUUAAUGGCAUAUUUGUGGCAAUAUAUGCCAACCUGGGCCUGGUGGCUAACCAACAAAUUAGGGAAGAAAAGGAUUGAGAACUUUAAGAGUGGUGUGGAUGCGGAUUCUUCUUAUUUUAAAAUAUGGAAGCCAAAACAUGACUGAAGGAGUAUUUGCAUUUUUUAAGCCACUGGAGAGAAAUGGAAAACAUGAUAACAGUGAUCUUCUUAUACACUGAAAACUAACUUGUGAUUUUUACUUCUUAAUAGACACAACUUUCAAUAUGUAGUAAAUAACAAAAGAUUGCCAUGAGUCUUGCAAUAAAGAUAUAAGCAGAUAUGA